AUGGAUAAAUACGAACGAAGCUCUACUAUGGCCUCUAAUGACCCUGAACUUCCUGACCCCCCUGGUGACCCCCAGCCAGGUGACCUCAUUGAGAUCUUCAGACCUGCCUACCAGCAUUGGGCUCUUUACCUCGGAGAUGGUUACAUCAUCAAUCUAACUCCUGUUGAUGAGAGUCAGGCGGCCGCCAUGUCCAGUGUGAAGUCUGUCUUUAGCCGGAAGGCAGUGGUGCGCAUGCAACUUCUGAAGGAGGUGGUAGGAAGUGACUCGUACCGUGUCAACAACAAGUAUGACCACAACCACACACCCCUGCCUGUCUGCGAAAUCAUCCAGCGAGCGCAAGUCCUUAUUGGCCAGGAGGUGUCCUACGACCUGCUGGGGAGUAACUGUGAACACUUUGUUACCCUUCUGCGCUACGGGGAGGGGGUGUCCGAGCAGGCUACACGGGCCAUUGGGGCCAUCAGUUUGGUAACGGCAGCAGCCAGUGCCUUCUCUGUCCUGGGACUGAUCAACACUCGAUCCAGAAAUAGGCCUUUCUGA